AGUGUUGUUGAUUGUGUAGACUUUUCAGUUUUCAAGUAAUUUUAUUUAUCUUCCAAUAUGUUUCGUAAAGCAACUGAAAAAGAUAAAUGAAAAUUAAUCAAAUGUACCGUGUGUGGAUUAAACAGUCAUGACUGAAGAAACCCUGGAAAUUGAGCAGCAACUCGACAAAUUGUUGACUGAUAUCCAACCAAAUUUACAAGAUGUUAUCAAGAGGAGUUUUACCAAUGUUGCAAUACAACAAACCAAAAAUGGUGAACAAAUCAAAACAGACGUUCUGGAAGAUACUUCAUACUUUGCUAAAAAUACUCAGGUGACAUUAUCUAGAUUAGAGCUAGUUAAAUCUCCAACAUUCCACAUGCAAUCAGUAUCCCUAGAUCUCAAGUCAAUGUCCCUAUCAUUAAAAUGCUCAUUAGGGGAAGUAAAUGUAAGAGGGCUCUACAGUGCUUUUAAUGAAAACCUAUACAACCUUAUUCCUGUUAUGUCAGAAGGUCAUCUUGUAAUAUCAUUGUCAAACAUGAUUGCAGAUGUAAAGGUGGGCUUAGUACUAGUAGAUGACGCAUUUUCAUUUAUUAAUCCCGCUAUAGAAUUUAUUCACGACGAAGUUCUUGUAAAGUUGUCAUGGCCAUCACCACAAAGAAAUGGAGGAUAUGAAUUUACAACCACAGAGCAACUGGCAAAACAUAUAGAUGAUUUACCGCUAACAGCUGCAAUAUCUCUGGCGUUAUUCGCCCUCCUGAGACAGAAAUUGCAGCGACACCUGGAGAAAGUGCUUUACCAAGCUACCAGCGUGUCGGACGUAGUGGGGUGUAAUCCUAGUAUGUUGGAAGCAUAUAGUGCUAUGGUGAAUAAAUUGAGUGAGAGUGGAAAUCGAGUGAUCGAUAUGAUUUUGAUCAACAUGCGACGUACCCUCCUUCAGACGUGUACUGAAAUUCUGGAACUACCCCCACUUCAUGCUACCUUUUUACAUAAGAUAGGUUCAGUAUCGUUUGUUGGUAAAUUUGAAACGGAAUUGGGUUGGGUGAAGAAUUUAGCGAGUAUCAAUCGGGUUAAUGAUGUCACAGUGACACGCCCAGAUCCUGGGAGAACGUGUUUCCAUGUCACCCUCAAGAUCAAGGAUUUGCAGAUUGGUUACGACGAAUAUAGGGUGAAGGCUUUGGGGGUAGGUUGUACGGGUCGAGUGGUUUCUUCGUUCAGUGAUAACUCCAUACACAUGGCGUUAUGUGUGGGUUUGGCUCGCUGGGAGCCCUAUGCACAGCUGGAUGAUUUGCGAGUCCAUCAUUGCGGGGGAAUGGAUAUGCACAUAACUGGCCUGGGUCCGCUAAGCGGAGAGUUGAAUUCAGUUCGGGGAUGGAUACGCGGCGCUGUCCGUGCGCACGCGCAGCCCGCUAUUGACGCGCAAUUACAACACGAAUUACGUACAGCACUCACUGAGUUACCGCUCACUGAAUUAAUAAGAGAGGCUCAGACUUAGAUUUAACAGAGCGGAUAAAAUGACCGUGAUAAAAUAAAUAUUUUGAAAGAAAAAAAAUAUUUUUGGCGGAUUCAUUUGGAUAAUUGUUACGAUAAAAACCAAAUUUUUUUUUUAUAACUUUUGGCGGCUUUCCUGUUUGUCUCAUUUCAUUAUAGCUUAAAUAUUUAAAAAAAAAAGACAAAUUAAUACUAUUAUAGUAACAGCGGCGUAACAACGAUAAAUGGGUCAUGGCCUAAGAUUUCAAUGAAUGGAUGAAAUCUUAGCAGCAUGCGAGCGUCAGUAUGUCAUUUCAAAAACAAAAAACACAUACUGACGCUAGCAUGCUAACAUGCUGACGCCGCUAGGCUAACACUUCUCCAAAUGAAUACUCAUCAAACUGAUUUUUUAAGGCAAAUAGGAGUACUUUUAUGUUUUUUUUUGCAAUAAAUUUGAAACAUUAUGAUGUUGUGAUCAGAAAAUAAUAAAUGUAAAGUACAGAAAAUAAUGGCCGUAUUGAGUUUUUUUUCUAUGUAAAAUAUUGAGUAUAAUUUUUUAUUAACAAAUUAUCCGCUCUGUACUUUAAUAAUCCUAUAGACUAUAUAAAAACUUGCCUCAAUGUCCUUGCGUCCAAGUAAAUAAAAUUAAGAGAAAUUUGUUUUUCGUUGUGAACUUUUUUAAUAUUUUACAUUAAAAUUGUAUUGUAAAGCAAUAUUUAUUUUUUUGCACCAAUUAUUAUUACAUCACCAUAGUUUAUAAGUAGUAUUUUUAGUGAAUUUUAUAAUUGCAUUUUUAUAGAAUAAUAUACUUUUUAUAUGUUACCGUGUUUACCGUAAAUGUAGCAUAAAUUAGCUUUUUUUGACUUUAUACUUACAUCUCAUUUAAUAAUUAUGUCUUGUCUAGAAUGUUCGAUGAUAUUUAUUGGUUGUGAAUGCCUUUUAUUUCGAAACUGUUGUAUUUUUCUUAUUUAAUAAAACGUUUUUGUUUAUAAA